AUCACAAUGAGACUCCUGGUGAUAAAAUGGGAAUGGACGAGAAAAACCAGUCUUUAAAAGAUAAUACCAAAGUCUGUGAAAGUCUAUUACCAGCAAAUGACAAAAUUCUACAAGUAAAAGAAGUAAUUCUAUCACCAGCAACGAUGAUACCAAUA